CAAGAAAUCAGAUGUGUCGUCUAGUGAUAAUUCUUGUGCCUUAUUAAUUUAUUUUAGGUCAUUUUAAAGAAGUCGUGGAAUUUCUACGAUCACAAAAUAGUCAAUAAUGGAGGGUAUCUACAAAAUUAAUUUGAUACCGAACGAUCUAAGCAUGGAGGAGAGCAUUCUGCAAAUAGCCGAAACUCUCGAUAAUCUCAAUGGGAUAGUUGAAGACGUGUUCGCUCGCGUGUCUCUUAGGAUUAAUCAGAACAUGGAUAAAACAUAUAAAUUGAAACAAAGGAUUGAAAUAUCAAAAGCUAAAGUUGCAAAACUUACUGGCAUGCAGAAAGCGAUUAAAGUAUUCUCGAGUGCUAAGUACCCAACUUCUAUAGUACACAACCAUUAUAAAUCCAUAUUCGACCUAGAUUGCUACCAACAUGAACCUCAAAAUAUUAUACUGAGUGGAGUAACUCAGAAGCAGUCCAACGAUAAAAAGAUACAGGAAAAAUUACAUUUCUAUCACGUAAAAGUAGCAGAUUGUAAAGAUUUGAAUACGAAAACCGAUAAUGAUUUGGAUUCUGUGAUAAGUAAUGUGACGACAGUAGGGGACCUACUAAUCUUCAAUACGGAUGAGAGUCCAUACAUACGGAGUAGCAGCAAGGUGCCGGCUUACGUGCCUACGACUAUAACCAAUGAUGAAAACAAAGUGUCAUUGGAAGAGGCACCCCCGUCUAUUGUCAAGAGGAAUGUACUGAAACGGGAAGCCGAUGAGUAUAUGUAUGCGCCGGGAAUGGGAAUGGUACCGGAGUUGGACAUGCCCCUGGACCUUCCCCACUUACCGGGUGUGGCCGGGGACGUGCAAUUCUCCGUUACCAAUGACGGUUCGAUAGCUCCGUCCGCGAUCACGUCGCCCGAUACCAACAUCACAGUCCCCGAUCUUACGGACCUGGAUCUGGAGCAGUUGCCGGACGUGGGGGAACCGACCCCGGUAUCGGUUCCAGUUCAGGUUCCGGACAUACCGGACGCUCCACCGCCAGUUCCAAGUGUGACAGUUCCUCCAUCAAUUCCUGUGGCAGUGCCGCCUGUGCUGGCCAGUCCGCCGCCGCCUCCGCCGCCUCCACCGCCUCCACCGCCACCGCCGCCGCCGAUGGAGGUCCCGACCCUACACAACAUAAGCAGAGAUGAAAAGCCGAAACAGUUGCCUCCUCCAUCAGGCGGAGACGCGCACUCGAACCUGAUGGCAGCGAUCCGGCAAGCGGGCGGCGCGGGCCGAGCCAAGCUACGUCCGGCCGCAGCAGACUCCACACCUGACAAGGAUAAGAAAGUGGCAGUGGGCGGCGAUCUGAUGGCAGACCUGCACGCCAAGUUGUCUAUGCGGCGGCGCGGAAUCUCAGGCGCGGAGCGGGCAAGCGCGCGCGGUGGCUCGCUGCUGCACGCCAUGGCCAACGCUAUCCCCGAUCCCGGCGAACAGUCCGCCUCGCAACGCUCCUCCAGCGAUGACGACUGGGAUUAGUAACGCACAAAUAUAAAUUAAUAUCAUACAACAAUACGUUAUAUUAAAUAGUUUGUAAAUAACAAUUUAAAAACUAAAAUCUUCAAGUUAGUAUUUUCCCCUCUUAUGAAAUGCAUCUCUUGUAUACGAUGCUAUAUCUAAAUGGAUACGUCGAUAAUUAUGUAAUGAAUAUUUUUGUGACCGGUUCGGGUGCGGUUUUGGUCAAUUUAAUAGCUGCACCUUCUUGGAAACAAGUCAUAAUAUCGCUUGAAAUUAUCGACGGCGCCCGACCGCUUUGCCUUUUAUAAAUUGUCCAUUUAAAAAAGUAAAUAUGAUUAGGUGGUACUUUAAAUAACGUAGAUUAUACUGGUAGUGAAACCGGUUAACUGUGUGUACAUUGAGAUGCUAUUUAAAUGCUGCUCUGAAAAAUUGAGUGCGUAAAUCGCUUGAAAGCUCGAAGCGUCUAGCUCGUUAUAGAACGCUAUUUAUGUAUCAUAGGCUCUAUUAUUAGCAUAAUAAUGUUGUGAGCAUCUGUUUACGUCUAUAUCGUGGUUUCUAUUUACGAACUGAAAUCGGAAAGGGCCCACGUUCCGGGAGGUUAUUACGAUAAUGACAUUUCUGACUAGCGGCGCGGGCGCACGGUUAGCGGCCGUCUCGCUUUCGUUUCUGGGAAGGUGAGCGAGCGCGAGCCUUGCGCGCGAACUAUCAACUGGUUCGGCCGAUUAGCAUUUCCAGAAAUGUGAAAAGAAUAAAAUACUAUAUAUGUUUAUAGCCGAGCAAACACUGCACCCGGAAUUGUGUGCGUUGGAACGGUUUUGACACUUGUCAUAUGAGAAUUACCGUUUGUUGGAUAUAGUUUCACAAGGAUCUUAUAGCAGAUGGAAAAUAUGUGUACUAAAAAUGUCAUCUUGACAGCAUUUGACGAAUGAGGAAGCGGCUGCUGCACGGUUUAAUGUUCUCAUUUUCGUAAUUUCGAAAUUCCAUAAAAAUAUCGUAGUUACAACAUUUGCUAAUAUGUUUGGAUGUAUAAAAUUGUCAUACUCACUAUGAAAAUUCAGGUCAUAAGUUGCAUAUCAAUUGCUUGGAGUUGCAACAUUUUCGGGAGAAGUUUAAAAAUUUUAAGGAUUACCAGUAAGCAUACUGGUAACCCUUAAAACUUGUCAAUGUCAAAAAACUGCCUUAAGGUCCUUGUGGGAAUACAGACUUGCUUGUCUUAGGAAAAUUAUUUAUAGCUAUUUUUAAUAUAUGAUUGCAUGUUAUAAAAAUUAAAUUUUCAGAAUACGUAAAAUAAAUUUAUAGAGCGUAGAAAAUAAUAUCGCUUUUAUAUUGCUAGUUAAAUUUGAAUAAAAUUACUUCUCCGUUUCCAAAUAAUCUAAUAGUCGUUGAGAUUUGUCGUUAAGAGUUUUAUUGAAGUGAAACCUUUAAUAGAUGAGGUAAUAUUGAUAAAGCUAAGGGCUAUUGACGUAAAAUAUUAUUGUUUCAUACAAAAAUGAGGGUGUAAAGACUUUACUGCUGUCAAGAGACUUGUUAAGAAUAGGUUGGAAAAGCUUUUGAUGUAUUUUACAUGCGUGAAAUUAUAACAGGGAUUUAUAAUCUGUUAUCGAGGUAGAUCUGCAUAGAAUUAGAUAUCGGUAAGAACUGAGAACAUGUGAUGUGCGUGACUAUUAUAGGAGGUGCUAAAUAUAAAGUUAGGCAUACUCGAAAUGUUAAGAUCUUUCCGUAUCGCUUCAGCUUUUGAAAUUCUAUUAUUAAACGAUUAACGGUGGAUUUCUACUGUUGUAAAACUUGAAUAUAUACAUAUAGUUAUCCCUUUCAGUAUGUUUUAUGCGAUAUGUUUUAAGACGAGUUUUACUCCAGUGAGAUUACACGGUAAUAAAGAGUGUCCGUCAAAUCAUAUAUAUAAACAAGCUUUAUUGAUUGUUGUGAAUUUUAAGACAUUUUAUCGCUUUGUGAUUGUAACAUAUAUGCUAGUUACAUUUAGAUUUGUUGUAACUUUGAAUGUUUUAACACGCGUGAUGUCUUCAUUGUAUAGAAACAUGUUCAGAUUUAUAAUAAUGUUGUUAAUAAAAUUAUUUGAUCGAAUUAUUUAAAACGAAAAAUGAACAACGAACAACGGUUGUCAAUAAGAGAUGUAUACAAAUUUAUAUAUGAUAUUCGUAGAAUAUUUCGUUGCGCUAUAAUAAAAU